GCACUUACUGAGCAAUCUCCUUCAGCUGUUUGGGUAACAGGAAGUGACGAAACUGCACUAGAAUCAUGUCGCUUUAUAGAGGUCGGCGGAGUGCUGGAGAACACUAGCGACAUCCCAAAAAGAGUCACACAGGGAGCUUGUUGUGAUCACCUCAGCCUGUUUUAUACACGGACAGACUUCGGACCAAACAGAAGAAUCCCUUCAGGGGUAGUAUUACAAAUAAAGAAACUCGACCUCAUCUUUGGGAUAUAGCGGAGGUCCGAAUAAAGCAGCGGGAUAAGGACACUUGUCUCCGUUACAUAAGGUUGGGCCACUGCUGAAAAUCUAUCCUCAUCCAGAGGAGUGGAAACCCAAAACCUGAGCCAUGGGGGAUUAUUACGAGAUCCUGGGUGUAACGAAAAAUGCAUCCCAUGACGAUAUAAAGAAAGCGUACAGAAAAAAAGCACUGAAGUGGCAUCCAGACAAAAACCCAAACAACAAAGAACAGGCAGAUAAAAUGUUCAAAGAGAUCUCGGAGGCAUAUGAAGUCCUGUCAGAUGAAAACAAACGGAGACAGUAUGAUAAAUAUGGUAAAGAAGGCCUAUCUCAUAGAGGAGGCCAUUAUGAUGAGGGUUUCAUGGGCGGAUUCACAUUCCGAAAUCCAGAUGAUGUCUUCAGGGAAUUCUUUGGAGGCCGAGAUCCAUUUGCAGAUUUCUUUGCUGAUGACCCCUUUGAAGAUUUCUUUGGUGGGCGGCGUCACAGGGGUGUGAGCAGGAGCAGGACGACAGGUUCAUUCUUUCCUGGGUUUUCUCCAUUCGGUUCCCCCUUUUCUGGGUUUGACGCAGGUUUCACCCCGUUUGGCCCAAUGGGUGGGGGUGGCUUCACCUCAUUUUCCUCCUCCUCAUUUGGGGGGGGUGGAGGUGGUGGAAUGGGAAACUUCCGCUCUGUCUCUACAUCCACCAAAUUCAUCAAUGGAAAGAGGAUCACCACCAAACGUAUUUUAGAGAACGGCCAAGAGAGAGUGGAGGUAGAGGAGGACGGUCAGCUCAAAUCUCUCACAGUCAAUGGUGGAGGAGGGUGUUGCAGCAGACGUAGCCCUUUUCCGGAGAUGAAAAAAGGUAUUUCUGAUGACAAUGCAUUGGAGGAAAGCCGCAGACAGAAUGCCCUCUCUAGCGCUGCCCCACACAACCGUUACCUUCGAAAUGUGGCCCAGAACCCUUCAGAGGAGGAGGAGGAGGACAGAGGCCUGCAGAAUCUGGGACUUGCCAGAGGGAUUUUUGACACCAGGAGAAAGAAACUAUUGCUGAAGGAAUCAGACACCAAAAAGAAGCGGAUGCCAAGAAUGGCUCCUCGGAUUGGAGUGUGGUUCUAACAAUAUUUGUGUUGUUUUUAUUGUUCAUUUUCUAAAACUGAGGAGAUAUAUAAAGACAUGCAUAUUAGAUAGUAUCACACAUGCUCAAAUUAUUCUUUUUAAAUAGAAUACAUGGAAAGUUUAUUUCUCAAUGUUCUGCUUUGACAUGCUGCAUUCAUCUAGUGUUGUCAAAGUCAGUAUGGCCCACUAAAAAGCCGCAGUCGCAUCAGCUCAUUGUAACUAUUUUCUCCAUUCUAUUUUUUUUCUUCUGUAUUUGUUUUGGAUAUAGGAUAAAGUUCAAAACAAAUUGCAUUUAUCCAACCCUGUGAUUUAAUCAUCUGGCAAUCCAUCACCAUGCAUGUAAUGAUCUCGUUCAUUAUCCCGAUUUAAUGUGUAAAAAGCAAUCACACUCUCGUUUGUACUUACUUUAUUCAUGGUUUUUAAGCAUGUAGGACAUUCCCCUGCAUUGCUGUGGUAUUGAAAACAGACAAUUCAAAAGAGAGCCAAAACACAUCACUCAUAAGAUAAUUAAAUGCAACUGAAAUUCAUUUAUUCAUGUUUUAAAACACUAAACAAAUCUCGUCGUUAAUUUGUAAAAUUAUAUUUAGGUUACACACACAUCUGUUUUCAGCACUCUGAUAUAUUUUUAAUAAAGAAAAUAAUUCAUUAUUAACAUAAAAGUGAGGCAUUUUAAAGUUUGUGUGUUUGCCGUACUUUUGGUGCUUUAUACAUUUUGUAUUAAAUGAUGGAGCACAAACUCAGGAGUGACAUGAUAUGUAAAAUAUGCUUAAAAGCAUCACUAUGGAGGUGACAAAUAAGAAACAGGUUGAUAGGUCGGACUAGUGCACCAAGAAUGGAAAGAGAAAGACAAGGGAGAAAAAGAAGGGAAAACGAUUUUUAAAUUAUUCAUUCACCAAUGUGAGAGAACACGUUUUCACCAGUCUGCCUUUUGAUCCAGUCUUAAGCACUGUAUCAAUAUUUCAGAGAAAACUGCAGAUAUGGUAUGUCCUUUCAGAACCGGCAGCAUGGCUUUAAUUUUACUCCGACUACUGCAUGUAUGUGUUUCGUUUUGUUUUCGAUAUGAAACAGAGACCCAAAUCUGUGGAAAAUCAUAGUUCCUAUAUUAAAAAGGGAAAUAAAAAUGAAGAGCUACAAAGACACAUUUUUAGUAAUGCACAUUAAAAAGUUUAUAUUCUGAUGUGUUAUAGUCAGUUUUUGCUGAUGCUUUAUCAAUAUGUAUUAUUUCUUAAUACAAAUUUAUGCAGUUAACUGGUAGUGGUGUGAACUGAGGCAGUUUUAAUCAAGUACUGUUAUUUUCAAAGCCAUGAAUGUCUGUUCAUGCUGUACAGCAAUAACUAAUAAAUUGUGUUAUUGGGGGAAAACACAAAAAGAUUUCACCAUGCUAGAAAAUGGCUUGUUUACUUACAGCUGUGAAGGUUUUUCUUUGUAAUAUCGACAAAAAGGCUUAUUUUUGAAGCAUGUGUGUCUAGUCAUUGCUGCCUUUUUAAAACAUACACCAAUAAAGCUUGAAAGUUGCACAUUUUGUAUGUUUUG